UAGGUUGCCUGCGCCGUCCGUGGAAGAAACCUCAGUGGGCGUAACAUUAACGUCUGCAAACCCAGGGAGAGGCUGAGUCUAAUAAAGGGUGACAAAUGGAAAACACAGUACUCCAUUUAAGGGAAGUGACGUUCUCACAAAGAUCCAAAUGAAGUGGUACAAUGUCUUUAUUUUGCAAGCCAUGUUCCAGCCAUGUCUCCAAGUCUUGUUAACCACCGAUGCGGAGCGGACCUCAUAUUGGACAGAGUUGGGAGGAGACGUGGUAAUGGGCUGCCGGUUCUUCCCUUUGUCUCAGCAUCCCUACGAGGACUUGACGGUGUCCUGGCACUGGAUCUCGCCGGAUCGGUCUCGGGAAGUGUACCGCAUGGAUCGCGGGCAGGAGCAAGCCUCCUUCCGGCAUCCGGACUUCCGGGGUCGCGCCAGGCUUCUCACCGAGCAGAUUAAAGAUGGCUGGGCCAAGUUGCAGGUGUCCAGGCUGCGCAUCAAUGACACAGGAACCUACCAGUGUGUAAUAAGGACAACAAACGGGGCUGACUAUAAGGAUAUGAAGUUAUCUGUUACUGCACCUUUUAAAACGGUCACCAAAAACAUUUCCAAAUCAGCAAGAGGAGGCGAGCUCGUGCUAAGCUGCCAGUCCGAGGGCUACCCGGUGUCCACGGUGACCUGGGAGGACGCUCACCGGCGAGAUCUCAACGCCAGCGCCACCGUUGUGUUGACAGAGGACCGCCUUUUCAGAAUCACCACUCAGAUACGAGUGGGAUCAUCGCAGAAAAACAACUACACGUGUGGAUUUGACAGUAGCGGCUCCUCUGCAACUUUUCUCAUUCCGGAUGACACACAGCUACAGAAGGAAAACAAGUACAAUGUAGUUGUAAUUAGUGCAUGUAUUGGAAUUGCACUGAUUGGCUUCAUUGUAGUGUUCAUUUAUCUGCACCAAAAAGGCCUUGGCAGAAAAGAGCAAAAUACCCCAACCAAGAAAGCAGAGGAAGAAAAAAUAACUAUUUUUACUGAAGAAAAUACAGAAGACCAGCAAAAAGAGUUUUUGAAAGGUUCUCACAAAAACAACUCCUCCGACACCAUCACCGGAUGGAAACGUGGGGAUACCUGCAAGCAGGACCUGCCUCGCCAGCUGCUGAUGUGCAUCCGUUUGAUGCUUUACAGGCUUCACUGCCAGACAUCGGAGGAACAGCUUUCCUCCAACGAAAGCCAGGUCGUGCAAAGACGAGCAUCCUUCGGUCUCGCAAGACGACAAAGAUAGAGGUCUUGUGACAUUUUAGCAAAGAGUUCAAGGUUUAAAAAAUGCGAUAUUGGUCGCAUAGACUGAUGUAAUUAUUGAUUUAGUUUUUACAAUUCAUAUAGCGGAACCUCCCAAGUUGAAUACCUCACAACUGAUCAAAAUAUGAAGGUGAACAAAUUUUGACAAUAGCAUGCAACUGAGAGCAUAGUGGUUUAAUGACUAACACACACAAAAAAAGUUCUUUCGUUCAGGCGUCUUCAUAGUGUCACCUUAUCAUGUUUUAAUACAUUAGUUAUUUAGUCAGUUGAUUUAGUUUUGUUAUACAGUACAGUGUGUAGCUUCUCCCUAUACUUGGAGAGAAGUUAGGAAUGUUAAAAUAUGAAUUAAGCCAGCGCCUGUCCAGUUAUCUAAGGUUUUAUGAUGCAACUGUUUGAGCCUAGAACAAAUUAAUUACCUAUACAUGACUUCCAAUGGGGAAAAUAUGUUUUGGAAGGCAACUGGCGUCACAUGAUGGAUUAUGUUCAACUUCGAGGUUCCACUGUACACUGUUUGUACUCAUCAACAUCCUUUUUUUCUGUUUCGCAAAGAAUUGUGUGGCUGGCCACUCAAGAAAAUGUACAGAAAUGAGCUUACAUCAGGGUUUGAUUCUAGGCUCGAUCUUUUUCUUUUGUUUUUGUCAGUUCCUGAACUUCCAAUAGCCUAAUGUCACAACAUACACACCUCAUAAUACUUGUUACAAAAUUCAUGUGAAAUGCACUGCAAGACCAUUGAUAAACCCAAAAAUAUGUUGGAACCAUCAAUCCUGCACAAGCUGUUGAAGACAAAGAACUGUAUUAAGAAGUGAUACAUUCUAUCAUGCAUAUUUUUUUAAAGAUAGUUUAAUGCUUCCACUUUCGGUUUGCUAAAGGAAAGUACUGGCAAAUAUGCAUGUAUUCAGUAUACAUCUUUAUGAACCCUGAAAGCCCUGAAGGUUACACAUUGAACAGUCUUUUUGCACAAUUGUUUUUUGUCAAUGUCUUUAUGUCUCCAAAGUGUUCUCUGUCAAUUGACUGUCUGUUGUCGUACGAGAGCGGCUCCAACUACCGGAGACAAAUUCCUUGUGUGUUUUUUGGACAUACUUGGCAAAUAAAGAUGAUUCUGAUUCUGA